GGUCGAGAGAGAGAGCGCGCGCGAGGUAGAGAGACGUAGCGAGGCAACAGGGCGGUUUCCCGGGUCCGUGUCCACAAAGUUACACACACGAGCGCGCGCGUCGUCGGUUUCCCGUUAAACACCGACAUGUCGCUGUUCGGUAAGUUGUUCGGCGGCGGCGGGGGAAAGGGAGGGAAGGGGCCGACACCCCAGGAGGCCAUCCAGAAACUCCGGGAGACAGAGGAGAUGUUGGCCAAGAAACAGGAUUUUUUGGAAAAGAAAAUCGACACGGAGCUCGUGACGGCGAAGAAGAACGGCACGAAAAACAAACGAGCGGCCCUUCAGGCCCUGAAGAGGAAAAAGCGCUACGAGAAGCAGCUGGCGCAGAUCGACGGGACGCUGUCCACCAUCGAGUUCCAGAGGGAGGCGCUGGAGAACGCCAACACCAACACGGAGGUGCUCAAGAACAUGGGCUACGCCGCCAAGGCCAUGAAGGCCGCCCACGAAAACAUGGACAUCGACAAAGUGGACGACCUGAUGGCGGACAUCACGGAGCAACAGGAAGUCGCCCAAGAAAUCUCGGACGUCAUCUCGAGACCGAUCGGUUUCGGAGACGAGUUCGACGAGGAUGAUCUCAUGGCUGAGCUGGAGGAGCUGGAGCAGGAGGAGCUGGACAAAAACCUUCUGGAGAUCCAAGGAGCGGAGGACGUGCCCCUCCCCAGCGUGCCGUCCACGUCACUCCCGUCUCGACCGGCCAAGAAGAAGGAGGAGGAAGACGAGGACGACAUGGCGGACCUCGAGGCCUGGGCGGCGGCUAACUGAGCUAGCUCGCCCCCCGCCCCCUCCCCCUUCCCCCGGCUAGCCAGCUGAGGCCCCGCCCCCUCUCUCCGGGCCGCCGCAUCCGGAAACCGACAACCGGGACUCUGGGCCGCCGCCGCCGAGCUCGCUGCUAGCAUGCUGCUCCGCCUCCGAGAAGCCCCACGCAAUAUCUGCCACGCCCCCUGAAGUACGCACUCGUAGGAAGGAGGAAACAAAAAGCCAGGCUCCUCCCCUCUCGAUUCACGUCACGGUACGAAGGGCCGUGCACCCAAAGGUGCAGAGAGCAGCCGGAGAGGCCGAGGGGAACGGCUGCAUGGAGGGUGUGUACUUCUAGGGGGGGGGGAACAGGACAAGGCUUCUUCUUCUUCUUCUUCUGGGAGGACCGUGAAGACGUCAUGACUCAGCCCUUUUUUCUUCUGCCCCGUCUACGCUGAGAUCUCAGCAGCGGCGAAAAUAAUCAUAGAAAUGACUCGCUGUCAAACUAAAACCUACUGAUGACGGAAGAGGAGAGGAUCUCUGACUCGAGGCGUUCCUCCACGACCAGAGGGGUGGAUGAAAAGGGCUUUCUCAUCACGUUUUUACUUGUAUGACUUAUUAUUAUUUCAUCAAAAUUACAUUUACAACAUUAUGAAAUAUAUUUUCUCUUGGCUUAAUCCUUUCUUUUGUGAGCUGGGUACAAACUUUUGUAAAACGAUGCAUGCGUGAUUAUUUUUAUUUUGUAAAACUGAAAAUAUAUUUUUUUUGUCGAGAAAUAUCAAAAUAAUAAGAAAUUAAAAAUGAAAAAAACGAAUCCAGAAUUAAAUAAAUAAUACAUCUUCAUCGUCUCUACUAUUAUUUAUUUAUUUUUCUGACUGAGGGAAGUCGAUCCUCUUCGAUACCGUAGCUCUGAGAUUCCCCACCGUUUCUUUUUGUUUUUUGUUGUUGCGGGUUGUGAACUUCCAAAACGGCCACCAGAGGGCGCAUCGCAAACGCCUCGUUCCUCAGUUACGAAUUGCACGUACCUGACACCUCCAGCGCCUUGUCCGUCUGGUUGAACAGCGAAAAUCCUCCGUUAUAUUCUAAUAAUCGUGUGUUUGACGCAGUGACCUCGUGUGAACAUGGAGACCGUGAGCUGGAUUAUUAUUUUAUUCUCUCCAUUUUGCUCGCCUGUCGUGCGGAACCGGCGUCAACUCGUGCUCUUCGCCUCGACGUCCUGUCCUGGUUUUGGGGGGGCCGGUCCGGAACAUAACGGAAGAGGGGGUUGAGACUGUAAAAGACUGUAAAUCUUUAAAAUAAAAGAAUUAAAUGAU